GAUCUCAUCGUGUGAUGAGCGCUGACAGAGACGGGCGCGAGUCACCCGCUAAUCUUUGUCCUUAGGACUUUAAAACGACAGCUCGCAGCUGCUACGUGAGCUGACUCGUGCCCAGCCAGUGCUAUCUUCAUUGUCAUCAGUUGUUUUCGCGUCGUCGGCGACGGAAAAACGUAGACAAAGUCGCGUUCUCUCGCAUCAUCGUUCGAAGGCGGGAACUUUUUAUUUUGUUACCGCUGCGUUGCCUCUUGAUUGAUCCAUUAACGCUGCCAUCAGGCUUACAAUCUCUGUCAGAAGACUGGGCGAUGGCACUGCUUUCAUCGCUGCUGUCCACACCGUGGCAGUAUUAUGUGUCCUUCCUGCUCACAUCCCCAGUGGCGCUCCUCGUAGUGUCGAAGCUGUGGCGCCGAUACCGGGCUCAACACGCCUGUCUGCGGCACCGACACUUUGUCAUCACCGGUGGCUCCAGCGGUAUCGGCCGUGCGCUCGCCCGAGCUGCUGUACGAAGAGGUGCUAAUGUGACAAUAAUUGCACGAAACCUGGACCGUCUCGAGGAGGCAAAGCUUGAGCUGCUCGAAGAAGCAAGCUCACCCGAGCAGGCCGUUCACACGCUGUCGGCUGACCUGGCGAAGGGCAACACUAGCGAGGCAGUGCUCGCCAGGGGCAUCGAAGAGGCCGAGCAGGUCUGCGGACCCGUGGACUACCUUGUGAACUGCGCCGGCUCCGCGAUCAGCUUGCGUUUCGAUGAGACACCACUGAUCGAGUUUCGGCGCAUGAUGGAGGUCAACUACCUGAGUGCGGUGCACACGACCAUGGCAGUGCUGCCUGGCAUGAAGCAGCGAGGCUCGGGCAGCAUCACUUUUGUGUCGUCCAUCGUUGGCUUGAUGGGCCUGUAUGGCUACACGGCCUACUGCCCGUCCAAGUUUGCCCUCGUGGGUCUGGCGCAGUCGCUCCGGAUGGAGGUCAAGCAUCACGGCAUCCACGUGAUGGUGGCCUUCCCGCCGGACACAGACACACCUGGCUUUGCAGAGGAGGAGCGCACCAAGCCGACUGAGACCAAGCUCAUCUCGGCGAUGGUCGGCCUGUCGUCAGCCGACGCGGUGGCCACCACCAUGCUGCAGGACAUUUUGGAGAGCAACACAACCUCAGCCCUGGGACUCGACGGUCAAGUGGCAUUGAUAAUGUGCGCAGGCAUGAUGCCACCCAGCUCGCUGCUUGAGGUGGCCAUGCAGGCUCUCACCAUGGGCGCCCUGCGAGUCGUGGGAUGCCUUUACCAGUUGCACUUCUACCGGCUCAUCGCUCGUUGCGCGGCAAACCGCGAAGAUAGCAAGAAGGGAAGCUAACUUGGGGCAGCUGUGAACAGAUGGCUUGGUGUGGUUGGGAACAUUGCGGCAUUUGGGGAAGCUUUACAGCAGCCUUUUGGGGGACUUUCACAAUGAUUCAUUUGUUACACAUUUAGGAUUUGUCUGUGACGCACACUGAAGCAUAGAGCUCCUCCAAAUGGAUUUGCAAGCCGAGAUUGACCCGACAUAGUUGUGGCACGUUAGAAUUCCGAUGGUGACGCAUUUGUGGCACUGCGCGACUUGUGACGGUCCGCUACUCUAGAUGGUUGACAAUUGUCAUUUACAAGGCAUGGUAGAACAUUUACCCCAUGAAUUCACAAAAUGGGCAAGUACCACCAGGAAACUCGUCGCACUUCUUGUUGGGGGAUGGUCACUUACAUGCGAGGGUACACAUUUGUAUUCAGCGUGGAUAAUCUAGAAUGGAUGGUUGGCGCUAAAAAGGUCAUACUUUUUGCAUCUCUGGUGCUAGUACUUUGAGGCUUGUGACGGUCACGGAUGUCUCCCAAGUGAAAGGGUGAAACUACCUCCUUAUGAGCUUGUAAAGUGUUCCUCGUUUGUUGUGGAUUUGAUAGGGGGUUCUAAAGGAAUCGUUUUGGUACAAAUUAGAUGUGUGCAUGGUCUUUGAUUGUUUGAGGCUUCUCGGUCUUCUGUUCACAAUGGCAUAAAGUGGCCACUUAUUUUGUGUUUCACUAAACAGAAUGGUCAUAGAAUGUGAAAGACAAGGUUAUACACCACGACAGCGUAAUUUGUACUUGUUAACUAGUCAUGAUUAUUAGCUAUUGCCAAAUGUUAAACAUCAAGUUUUGAAAAUUUCAACAAUUGCAAUCUUGCCAAAGGCUCUUGUAGAGAACUGUGCCCACUGUUGGAAAAUUGGGAAAUCACUCCGACGAAGCUAAUGAUUAGCCAGUUUUGAAGCUUUAGGGAAAAGUUUUGUUAAAGGCUAAAAAGAUGAGAACGCACACAUUGCAUGACAAGUCGGAUGUUAAUUUUUGUUGAAAAAAAUAGGGACAUAUUGUCAUCUUUGUUAUUUUUUGUGUGUGUGUUUCUUGCUGCUGCACUUAGCCAGUACUUUAGUUUCUCAUAAUCAAUCCUAAUUGGCAUAUUUGCUAGCAGUUAGCUGGGUUAACUACUAGUAAUUGUUUGUUCACCCUAUGGUUAAGUAUGACUUGUAAAUAGCUAAGGCUUUGAGAGGGGUUUUGUAGAGCCACAUGUUUUGUACAAAAGGCAACAGGUUAAAAGCAAGUUGCAGACAUAACAGCAAAGUCUUCAUUCAGCUUAACCUAGACCUACAGUCCUAGCUUUGCACAUUUUCGCUGGUUUCCACAACGCACACAACGUGACUCAAUUUCUAUUUUAGCAUGUGUACCUAGACAGGUGAACUGCUGGUUAACAUCACCCCUAUUUUUUCCACAACUAGGCUACCUCUUGGCAUGUGUCGAUUCUCGGUCACAAUAUGCCUCACUAUAUCUCUCUAUGGUUUACAUUCCCAAUUUUUGUGCAGGCCAAAGUAGAAACUUUCAUGUCCUGAAGCUUUACUCUGUUUGCAUGUUAAGCGUUUAAUACACAAGUUAUGUGCAGGUAUAUUGCCGUGUGUCUAUUGAUAGCGUUAGUAAUUGCAAAAUAAUGCCUUUGGGCCCACUUCCAACAUUCAUAGAAAAUGUCUCUCUUUUUCAGCCAA